AUGGCUCCUAACCUAGUUAAGCUUGCGCUUGUGUUGAUUCAUGAUACGAUUAGUAGUAAUGAACUAACUACGUCGCAGAUGGUGGAAGCCGCUGGCUGCAGCAAACGCGCCAUUACCCCUUCAUCCAUGGCUCUUCAGUCUAGCUCUGCCUUCAAAGAGCAAAUGCCUUCGAAAACUCUAGAACGAGGAGCUGCUUGA